AUGUACUGGCUGCUGCGCGCCUGGCUCGACGCCUGGCUCCGGCGGCGGCAGCUGCUGCUGCCCGGGCGGGGGCAGCCCGGCCCCUCGGCUCCGCGCUGCCGUGGCGGGGAGGAGCGGGAGGAGGAGGAGGCGGCCGCUGGAAGCUCCGCCUCGGCUCCGGCGGCCUCAGUGCUGCGGCGGCAGCGGCGAGAGGCGGCGGCGGCAGCUAGCCCGGGCGCGCCGUUGCUCCCCCGGCGGCGGCGCGCGGGCGGCAUGACGGAGCCGGAGGGCGGCGGCCCCGUGGAGAUCCGGGUGGCCGCGGUCCCGGACGACGACGACGACGAGGAGGAGGAGGAGCGGCGCCGCGGGCUCCUGCGCCUGGCCCCGUUGGGCGGCGGCAGCUGCAGCGAAGACGAUUCCGGCCGAGGCGGCGGCGGCGGCGGCUGGAAAUCCAGCGGUGGUGAGAAUGACGGGGACGAUUCUGGCCACAACUGGAAACCGCCCGAGCAUGAAUUGAUCUUGAAGUUAGUGGCUCAGAUUGAGUAUUACUUUUCGGAUGAAAACCUUGAAAAAGAUGCCUUCCUCCUGAAGCACGUCCGGAGGAACAAGAUGGGAUACGUCAGCGUUAAGCUGCUGACAUCUUUCAAAAAGGUGAAACACUUGACCCGUGACUGGAGAACCACAGCUUAUGCCCUGAAAUAUUCUGAUAUUUUGGAGCUGAACGACGACAGCCGAAAGGUUCGGCGAAACACCGUUGUCCCGGUAUUCCCUAGCGAGAAUCUCCCCAGCAAAAUGUUGCUUGUCUAUGACAUCUGCCUGACGUCAGAUCUCCACCCUCUGGCUGAAGGUCAAGAGAAUGGGUGUGUACAAGAGAAGAUGAUGGAGCAUCUUUUCAAAGCCUUUGUCCGAUAUGGUGUAAUUUCAUCCGUUCGCAUUCUCAAGCCCGGGAAGGACCUCCCGCCGGAUAUCAAGAGGUUCAGUAGCCGCUACAGCCAAGUCGGCACCAAAGAAUGCGCCAUCGUGGAGUUCGAAGAGGUCGACGCUGCUAUAAAGGCUCACGAGUCGAUGUGUAUCACGGAUCACGAAACUGCCAUGAAAGUGGUCCUCAUUGGGAUGAAGCCUCCCAAAAAGAAGGUUCUAAAAGACAAGAACCGUGAGGACGAGUCCGGCAAGGGCCUUCACAAAACGCGAUCCAUUAAUAAGAGAGUCGAAGAACUUCAGUUCGUGGGCGACGAAUCUUCAGCCAACAGCUCCUCGGAGCCUGACAGCAACCCCGCCUCUCCCAUCUCAGGACGCAGGAGCGGCACUUCCAACAAAUUGAGCCCGUCCUCUUAUCAGAACAAUCACCUAAGCCCCAACGUGUCUCCCAGAUCAAGCCCUUGGAGCAGUCCUUCCUCGCUGCGUAAAGUUUCCAGGAUGUCUCCUCUGGCCGAAGACGGCAGGCUCAGCCUGAGCACGAGUCCCGAGACAUCAAGGAGGUGUGCCGAUUAUUCGUCGGACAGUAGCAUCACCCCUUCUAGUAGCCCGUGGGUUCAGAGGCGGAGACGGCAAGCUCAGACUCUGACGCAAGAGAAAAGUCCAGUCGGUAGCCCAAUGCAAAGCCCCAAAAUACAGGGUGCAGUUGGAUUCCCCGUUGGAGUGUUGCGUUUACCCAAAGGCCCGGAUGGCACCAAAGGAUUCCAUAACAGUCACGAAAGGAGUAAGCCCACAAAGAAUGAGUGAGCGUUGCUUUUGUUCGUGCCACACAACCUCCAAUCAGUGAAUGAUUCCAGUGCUGAAUCACUUCAAGGACUUUGGUCAAGGCAGUAUUUUCAUUUUUAAAAAAGCUUUUGUAUCUGUGUAGCUUUGUAUGUUUGCACAUAAUCUACGUUGUCUUUAUAUGUAUUUUUAUUGUUUUUCAAGUCUCCUCAACAUUGAUGCAUUUUACUUUUUUUUUUUAAAUGCCAGAUAUAACUGAAUAUUUUAUGGGGAAAACUUUUUAAUUUGCAAAGCUCUGUUCAAAAAAUGGCAAAGUGCAAAUGUAUUUCGUUGAUGCGGUUGUCUGGGUUGUACCAAUUCACGACACGGUAUGUUGAAGUCUUUCUUUUUUGUAACGUUUUGAAGGAACACAAGAGUUCCUGAUAUUUUGCUAGAAUCUUGUCUAAUGUCAAAAAGACCCUUCCUAGCCUAUAAUACAACCAAAAAGUGUAUUUUUGGUAUUAUAAAUAAAUAACACAGAUCUUUAAA